CGCAUGGGACCAGUAGAACCAUAGGCCGUAGCGCGAGGGGUGUGCGAGGACUGUCUGCUUGUAAUACCGUGCACUUUAGGUCCUAGUUAUAUGUGUGUAAUAGAAAUCGUUCUUUUAUCACUAUGUUGAAUUAUUCGUUUGUGGUUUGUUAGUUUGAAUUUGAGGGGUGUCUUUAGGAAACAGAAUUCGCUGAAAAGCCGCCUUAAUUAGAGAAAUGGAUCCAAUUACCAAGUGGACAUCUAAACAAGUUGUCGACUGGAUGAGAGGUCUGGAUGACAGCCUCCAGCAGUAUGUUCCCUCCUUUGAGAGGGAGAAGAUUGACGGGGAGCAGCUGUUGAAGAUCUCCCACCAGGAGCUGCUUGUGCUGGGGGUGUCCCGGAUCGGACACCAGGAGCUGGUACUGGAGGCCGUGGACCUGCUCUGUGCUCUGAAUUAUGGCGUCGAAACUGACAACCUGAAGACUCUGGUGGGCUGUAUGAGGGCUGCGACCAACAACCUCCACAACUCGGCGUCUGAGCGCAGAAAGAACCCCUGCUAUGAUGGCAAGAACUCGCACAAGCCCCCCAACGACUUCCUCACUGCUGUCGUUGAGCUGAUCGCGGCUGCAAAGAGUCUGCUCGGCUGGCUGGACAGGACGCCCCUGACUGGGAUCAGUGAUUUCACAGCCACCAAGAACAGGAUCAUUCAGCUGUGUCUGGAGCUCACCUCUACUGUUCAGAAGGACUGCACGGUCUUUGAGAUGGAGGAGAAGAUAUUGGAAGUUUCGCGAUCUCUGAACGGGAUCUGUGACCAGACGGUGAGGAUGACCUCUGACCCCCUGAAGAGUCACAUGGCCUGUCUGGAGGAAGUCCACAUCACCAACAUCAGAUCCGGAGAAGGACUGGGGAUGUAUAUCAAAUCUACCUACGAUGGGCUCCACGUUAUCACCGGAACCACCGAAAACUCUCCAGCAGACCGAACACACAGGAUCCACGCAGGGGACGAGGUCAUCCAGGUCAACAGGCAGACGGUGAUGGGCUGGCAGCUGAAGAACCUGGUUGGCAAGCUGAAGGCUGAUCCCGAGGGUGUGGUGUUGCUGGUGAAGAAGAGGCCCUCAGGAGCCUCCUGCAACUUAACCCCCGCCCCCCUGAAGAACAUGCGCUGGAGACCCCCCCUAGCUCAGGGCGUCCCCAAAGUGUCUAAAAGUAUCUCUGAUGUUCCCCUUCGAAAGAAGGAGAAACCAGGCAUUCAUGACCUGUACAUCCCUCCUCCCCCAGCUGUGGCCUAUGCCCCUCACGAUGGGAAGACAAACGUCAGUGCGAGUGUCAGAAUGAGACCCAAGUCUCCAAACUCCUUCCUGGAUGUCGAGAGCAGAAGGCGCUUCACCAUUGCAGACUACGAGAACAAGAUCACUGUUUGUCCCGCUGAACCCCACGUCCAGCCAGUUCCGGCCCCAGCCCGUCUGAGGCAGCGCUGCUCCACCCGCGGUAAACCCCGACCACUCUCCAUGCCUGUGGACACAUGCUUGGGCAUGUCGGAUUUGUCCUCCAGGCCAUGGCCUCAUGGGAGGAAGGGAGAAGACAUCCUGCACAGAUACCUGAGUAACGAGCGCAUAGCCUCCAUCUCAGAGGAGCCGCCCUGCUUCCCUCUGCCCUACCGGCCCCUGGGGGAGCGCCAGCUGGUUUGCGGCGUGGACCACAUCAGGGGAAGCCAGUGUUUCAUCAACGCCGACCUGCACAACAGCGCCACCAUCCCCUACCAGGAAGCAGCCUCUAAAAAGAGCCCUGCUCCCCCUGCUGCUGCCCCUGCCGCUGCUACUUCCAAACAUCCCUCCCAAGGACACUCUUCAUUCCUGGGGGGCUGGCUGGCUCGUCUCAAGCUGCUGACUCACUGACGCCCCCACCCACCCCCACCCCUCCUGGUCCUUCCCCCUGGUGGAGCAUGUCCCCAGUUCCCUCACGCAGCCUUUCCACGAUGGUGGGAUCUCUCAGUAUUAGAGCACUCUGUUGAAAUGUUAUGCUGGAACUUCAGGCAGCCUCCACUACAGGCUACGCUUGGGAACUCAGAUGGAUCACUAUACUGCAUUUCAAACCUGCGUUGUGUUAGAGCAUACUUCUGUAUGCAUUUCAACUCCUUAGAAUGGCAUAUUGUUCGAUUCAGUUCAGAUACCUAUGUUUGCCAUCCUUCCUGGUGGAGGUGGAGAAAUCAUAACAAGUGAAGUAUUGUUGUUUUUAAUUAGCAUGGCCUGUUUCUGCCCGUACUCCUCCUCAUUCCACAGGGAGGGGGAUUCAGCUUUAGGAAACAUUUGCCUUGCCUUUAUUGGUGACUAUUCUAUGAGUAUGUUAAAUUAUUCCUUGUGCGUCCAAAUAUUUCUUGUAAAUUGCUAAUUCUAUAAGAAAUUUGAUUUCCUUUGUAUUUUGUACUUUGUUCUGUGUAUUUUAUCAGGUUGAAUGGUAUGCCAGUAAUUUCAUCUAAGACAAUGUGUUUUCUUUUAUGUCAUUUCCUGUUACAAAGGUUUGGAGCAAAAAAAAAAUUCUGAGGUGCCCUUUGAAGGUUCAGUGCUUAUAUGUUGCUUUUGCAGAGUAUGGUAAUGUUUAAGUAGAUACAUUUGCAUAUAAUGAUUGUUUUUUGAUCAGGUAAAACAUUUAGACGUGUGUCUAACUUUAUCUCACUAACAGGUCUUCACUAAUUCAGGUGUCAUAGUUUGGCACUAAAGCAAUGUCUUGACCAAUUCACUGACAUCUUUGUAUUUUUGCCUUAGAAACAGAAAACACACUUAAUAAAUAUUCUGAAGUGUUUCUCAUGAUAAAUGUAGCCUACUCGAUAGGAUAGACAGUUUCAUCAAUAGUUUUCUGAUAUUAAACAACUUAUCUGUGCUAAUUAAAGAUGGACCAUAUCCAGUCA